AUGCCCAUACCUGCGCCGCCUCCGACAUGCGGUGCUCGAUUCUCCCGAGACGGGCGCCUCGUAUGCUUCUUCCCGACCAAAGAGGAGAAGCUGAGGCUCCUGUUUCCCCGACCCGACGGAAUUAUUGCCAAGGAUCGGCCGAAAGGCAUCGGGACGGGGACGGGAACGGGAACGAGCAGGAAGCGCAUAAGCAAGCCCAAAUGCAUUCUCGCCAUCCACGAUCUUCGCGACGAGCUGCCAUCGAAGAAGGAGUUUGCGCAGGAAUACCUCAUCUUUGGAGACGGCGCCAAGGUGUGUAGCCACAAUGCCAAAGUCGCCCAGAAGUACGGGCGACGAGACUUGGUAGAUAUAUGGAACUACUCCGCUCUCCUCUUAAGGAAGGGUAUCCCUCUCGAGCUCAUCAGCCAUGACGCCGGCUGCGAGUCGGUACUCGUCAUUGCCCGCGAUGUCAUGACCCGCCUCCACGAGAUGGAGGGCGAAGACGGCCUUGCACCUCAACCUGACAACGAGAGCGCGAUGGCUUUCGUCAAGGAUCUGUUCACGUACUUUGAGCAUCAAGCGGAUGUCCAGAUGCUCGCCAUGCUCUCCUGCAUCUUUAGCGAAGCGCCGAGCGAAGACUCGGUCGCCUACAUCGAAUCCCGCAUAACACAGCCGGAAACUCCGUUGCCGUUGAAAGCCCCGUCGUUUUCUCUCGACUACUUCCCAGCAGACGCCAGCUCAAUAAUCGCCUUCCACCACGGCCGCAGCCAGACCAAUUCAGUCAUUCAUACGCCAAGGACCAUACAUACGCCGGUCCGGUACUCUGGCUCGCAGCUGUCAGAUGACGGGCUCUGGACGGGCGAGCCGGGGUCCAACUCGUACUCAUGCGGCGAGACGCCACCGACCAAGGGUGGACGAGACUAUCUCGGGGAGCUAGACCAGACACAGAGCCUUUCCUCAUCACCCAACACGCGGUCUUUUAGGCGGAUUAACUCGGGGUUAGCCUCAAGCAUCGCCGCGAACUUCUCACGCCCCUUUGCGACGGUGAACUCGGUGUCUUCGUCACCACCUAACCAAGGGAUUCGGGGGACCGCGCGCACGUCGAUGUCGGACGAUGACUUUAGAGAAGAGCUGCUCCCACUGGUGCCCAUAUCGGUUGCCGUGAAAGUGGAAGACCAAACAAUUUUCGACGACGAUGGGUGGCUCGUCCUACCGCUCCUGGACCCAACACAAAGCGCGAUGCACACGUGUUACCGGUAUGCGUACGCGGAAAUGCUCCACAUGUGGGAGCAACCGCUAGCGCGCCUCGAGGUGAUGAAGUUUAACGUGCUCAAAGGCAGCAACUCGGCUCUUCAUAACGGCGGAGGCAGCAAUAUCGACGCGGCUAGUCACGCGUCGUUUGCGACGGCGAUCGAGGCUGGCCCUUCUUCCAACGCCCACGUUCGCCCCACCUCACCAAUCCUAUUAGGCAAAAAGGAGCAACUCCACGCACUUAUGACAUCGGGUCGUGGGCUCGACGUCACAGGCGUCUGUCUCAUUCACGAGACACAACUCGAGCCGCUCGAGUACACUUCGUCCACUGAGCCGCACAUGGGCGGGGCGGUUGGUUCGUGUCACCGCUGCCGGCGCCCACAGAAGCAGCUCCUUUGCGUGUACUGUCUCGAGCCGGUGGACGCCCUAUACCCGCCCUGUCUUUCGUGCGGUUGUGCCAGCCACGAGUCGUGUCUAGCAGAGUGGCACGCUGCAGGUGAAGUCAUGUGCCCGGCGGGCGACGAGUGCAAUUGCGUAGAAGAAGCGUCUCACGGGCAGGUUGAGACGUGGGCAGCGAUCAUGGGGGCUGUUGGACGGCAAAAGAAAAGAAGGAGCUCCGCUCUCGCAGCACUGGGGACAAUGUUAUCGCCCACGGAGACAUACCAUAGUGACGGGGAAGACGAUAGGAGGAGCAGCGGGGCCGGGGCUGGCAACUCGGGAUGGGAAAAUGUGGGUUCCGCGGCGGGAAUCCCCUCACGGCCCCAUGGCAGCAUAACAUCGCCAGCCAAACUCAGCCUGGGUAAUAGGUUGAAGAAGUCGGCAGGCGACUGGGGCCGCGGGUCCCAGUUGAGAAGGAACACGGCGGGGCCGGGAAGCCAGGGCCGAGGAGGCGGAGGCAACCCGAGGAGGAAGGGUGGCUAA